AUGUUUGACAAAAAUGAUGAUAUUUUUGAUAAAAUCUCAAGCAAUAAAACAUCUUCAAUUCCUAAUGACCAACCUCCAAAAAAAAAAGUUAAAUUAAAUAAACGCAGAAGGCGAUAUGCUAAAAUUAGUUGGGUUUGGAGAUACUUCAAACUAAGUGAUGAUGAAACAUGUGUUAAAUGCCAAGUUAAAACAAUGAAUUUGCGAAAUGAGUUGGUACUAUGUAGUUGUAAGCUUCAAUAUGAUGGUGGCACAGGUAACAUGAGUAAUCACCUUCGAAAUAUACAUAAUUUAAAUGAAACUCAAGAUAAGAGACGUCUAAUUUUUACCAUGAUAUCUAGUGAUGAUGAUAGUAGUUCUGAAGAUGAUAAUGAAGAUCUUAAUAGUUCGAUAGCUCGAGUAAAUCACUAUCAUCAAACACGAUCAGUAACAAAUAUUGUAAACCAAAAUGAGGAUUAUACUUAUACAAAACAAAUUAUUCUUUGGACUUUAAAGCAUACGAUUUAUAGUUCCUUGUUUGAUUAUUGGAGUGAACUGAUAAUGGUUGGAUUACUGGCAUCACUCUUAGAUCCUCAGUUAAAAACUUUAGCUAGUUGGAGUGAUGAAAUUCAAGAAAUAGCAAAAAAUGAAUUAACACAUCAAUUUAAAAAAUUACCAAGUUGA